AUGGUUCAAGAUUUAGUGCCACAUCUUACAAAAAUUCAUUUCUCAUCGGACUCUCCCUCGAGUCAAUACCGCAACCGAUUCAUUUUUUACAUGAUGUCGAAAUUGAAAGAUCAAAUUUCAAACCUAAAGAUAAUAAAAUGGAAUUAUCAAGAAGCAGGGCAUGGCAAGGGGGCCCCAGAUGGCAUUGGUGCUGUCGCAAAAAGAACAGCUGACAACUACCUCAGACUCGGUGGCGAUGUAGGCUCAUUUGAAGACUUUGUGCAAGUUGUUCAGCAAAACAUUGCAAAUGUUAAGCUCAUUGUUAUCGCAGAGGAAGAGAUAACGGAAAAAGAAUUUCCCAAAAACAUUCCUGCAUUUAAAGGGACAAUCAAAGUCCACCGAACUCUUUGGUCUUCAUCUUUGCCCUUGAACAUUACUUUUAGAAGCCUCAGUUGUUUUGAUUGUCGAGAUAUUUACAUACCAUGUAAACAUAGAAAACAUCUCGGAGUACUAAAUAUGGGACUUUAUCAAGAAGCAACUGCACAAUAA